ACACCUAACGCAUCCUUUUUGUUUGUAUAAAUUCCUAGCUCACCCAUCCCUUCUUCACACUGCAACAUUCAAUUUCAUCCUCCACACUCUCACGCUCACCCGCUCUGCUCACUGCACCAAAAUGAGUACUUUUGAGGGAUCCGAGAAAAAACUGGUAUCAGUUGGGCCGUGGGGAGGCCAAACCGGGCUCAUUUGGGAAGAUGGAGUUUACUCAACGGUGAAGCAGUUGGUGAUAGCUCAUGGAGCGGCCAUUGAUUCCAUUCAGGUUGAAUAUGAUGAGAAAGGGACCUCAUUUUGGGCUGAGAGGCAUGGUGGAAAUGGAGGCUGGAAAACAGACACGGUGAAGCUUGCUUAUCCGGAAGAAUUUUUAACUUCAAUUGAGGGGCAUUAUGGUAAGAUUAGUGAAUGGGGACCGGUCUCAAUUCGAUCACUUAAAUUCAAGAGCAACAAAAAAACUUAUGGACCAUUUGGAAUUGAACAAGGAACCUAUUUUUCUCUCCCAGCGGCAAGAGCUGGGAGUAGCAAGAUUGUUGGGUUCUUUGGCAAGUCUGGUUGGUAUCUUGAUUCAAUAGGAGCUUACCUAAAGCCUAUUCAGAAUGAUCAAAACCAGCCCUCAAAAACUACGCUUCAAACACAGUCUUAUAUGAUUGGUGGUACUGAUCAGAACCUUGCCGGCUACUCAGUCCUCCAAAACUGUGAUGUGUUUUUUGCCAUAAGACCCAAGGAUGACUACACUACUAACCCAGCUGCAGUACCAGUACCCAACAAUAAGCUCUCAAUGCAAUUUUCUAAUUCUGGAGAAUUAAGUGAUGUAGAAACCAAGUUCAAGACGCCAAGUAUUGAGAAGGUUCCCCCAAUUGCUGCUGAAGGGGUGGUAACGUAUGGUCCGUGGGGAGGGACAGGUGGUUUUGCAUUUGAUGAUGGAGUUUAUUCAGGAGUUAGACAAAUCAAGUUAUCAAGAAACGUGGGAGUUGUAAUAUACAUAAGGGUUCAGUAUGAUUGCGACGGUGAAGCUGUAUGGGGAGCCAAACAUGGCGGGACUGGAGGUUAUAAAAGUGACAAGAUAGUUUUUGAUUUUCCAAACGAAAUCUUGACGCACAUAACGGGAACAUUUGGGGCUGCCAUGAUUAUGGGGCCUAAUGUGAUUAAGUCCCUCACUUUCCACACGACGAAGAAGAAGCACGGGCCAUAUGGAGAAGAACAAGGAACCCCUUUCACCACCAAGCUUAAGGAAGGCAAGAUUGUUGGAAUUCAUGGGAGGAAGGGUCUCUUCUUAGAUGCUCUUGGGGUGCAUGCCACAGAAGGGAAGGUCAAUGUCGAGACUGAGAAACAGACACCACCUGUCACAAAUACUCCUAAUAAUUGCACUGCAAUCAUCCCAAAGGAGCCUGCAGGGGCCAUCAAACAGGUAGACAAUCCUCACUGGUCUAACAAGCUGCUAAUGACAAACAGAGGAAAAGUUGAAGAGGUUGCUUGUGGGGUGAUAAAAGAGCCAACCCCAUGUGGACCAGGGCCAUGGGGUGGAGAUGGAGGCAGAGCAUGGGAUGAUGGAGUGUUUUCUGGGAUUAGGCAGAUUCAUUUGACAAGAGCAGCAGAGGGCAUUUGCUCAGUGCAGAUUGAGUAUGAUCGAAACGGUCAAUUCAUUUGGUCCGUUAAGCACGGAGGCAAUGGAGGAACUACCCCACAUCGAAUUAAAUUGGAGUAUCCUCAUGAAGUGCUGACUUGUAUAUCUGGGUAUUAUGGUUGCAUUAGUAAAAACGAGCGACCUCAAAUUAUUAAGUCUUUGACAUUUUAUACCAGCAGAGGCAAGUAUGGUCCAUUUGGGGAAGAAGUUGGGACAUUUUUCACUUCAACUACCACAGAGGGCAAGGUGGUGGGCUUGCAUGGCAAGAGCAGCUUGUAUUUGGAUGCCAUUGGAGUUCAUAUGCAACAUUGGCUGGGAAGUGGCCAGAAAACCUCCAAGGUCUCUCUCUUCAAGAAAUUCUGAUCAAUAUGUCUCAGUCUCAGUGCUAUAAUUGGAGCUCACACAGCAAUAAAUAAAUAACAAGCUUUUGUCGUACAAUUUCUAUUCCUCCUGAGUGUCUUUUUCCUAAUAUGAAAUUCCAGGAUUAGCAAUUUCUGUACUAGUUUUAUUUUUUAUUUUUGUACGCUACAACUUCGUUUUAUACAUAUGUAAGCCGUCCACUUGUAAUGACAUCCUGGCCGUCAACUUUUUGACCAA